AUGGCUGACAAGGAAAGCCCACAACUCUCACAGGAUGACCUCCUAGCUCGAAUCGCCGAGCUGCAGGCGGAAGUACGAAGAAUAGCCGAGUUGUCUAUGCAGAACAAUGGAGAAAGCUCCAAAAACUCGGCUCAAGGUGCCACAGACCCCUUGAACAUCGCCCCGCCAAAAGAGAAGCUCAUCCUCGACAACCCCUUCUCCGAGGAGAUCACAAAUUAUCAGAUGCCAAAAAACUUUACUCUCCCGACCGCACUGGAACCGUACAAAGGGUUCGGCGACCCCCGAGCCCACAUAAAAAAGUUCCAGUCAAUGAUGUUUUUCAACGGCCCUAAGAACGAGCCUGUCCUUUGCCGAGCAUUCCCAACCUACCUCGACGGCGCUGCAUUACUCUGGUUCUCCAAACUCCCUGAGGGAUCAAUUUCCUCUUUCGAAGAUCUUGCCAGAUCAUUCAUCGACUACUUUGCCGCAUCAAGAAUCUACGUACACGGAUCGGACUAUCUCGGCACCAUCAAACAAGGCCAGCAUGAGAGCCUGAAAGACUACAUGACCAGGUUCGCUGACGCCACCAUGGAGAUCCAAGACUUGGACCCAGCUGUUCACCUGCACGCCCUCAAAGCCGGCCUCAGACCUGGUAAAUUCUGGGAGACCAUCGCCAUAACAAAGCCAAAGACCCUGGAGGAGUUCCGUGAAAGGGCGGCAGGUCAAAUGGAAAUCGAAGAACUUCGAGAAGCUCAAAAAUCGGACAAACACCCAAAUCGGAGAGACGAAGAAAGAAUUUUCAGAUCGCCAGUCAACAGGGACAGUAAGAAACCCUCCAAGCCUGCUUCAAAGUACAACACAUACACCAGAUUCAAUACCAGAAGAGAAAACAUUAUCAGAGAAAUCCUCAACGCCAAAAUCAUAAAACCACCAGCCCGAGCAGGAAACUACCAGGACCAGAGGUUCGUGGAUAAAACAAAGCAUUGUGCUUUCCACCGAAAGUUCGGUCACACUACGGAUGACUGCAUCGUCGCGAAGGACCUCCUGGAAAGGCUAGCACGCCAAGGGCUCUUGGACAAGUAUAUCGAGACCCGGAAGGGCAAAAGAGGAAACUCGGACAGGAUAGAGCAUAAGCAAGCAAAGACAGACGACAAAAAAGAGAGGACGACUCCUGAUCCACCAAGGGGAGUCAUUAACCACAUAGCAGGAGGAUUCGCAGGCGGAGGAGAAACAAACUCGGCCAGGAAACGAAGUUACAGGGCAAUGCUGGCAAUCGAAGGAACCAUACAACCAAGGAAGGACAAAGAGUCAGAUGUCACAAUAUCCUUCAACCAAGCAGACUUCAAAUCGGCAAGCCCUAACCUCGACGACCCCGUGGUAAUUUCAAUCCAAGUCGGAGAACUGUUGGUAAGAAAGACAUUAUUAGAUCCAGGUAGUAGUGCUGAUGUUUUAUUUUACUCUACCUUCACAAAAAUGAAAUUAUCUGAAAAAUUAAUACGACCUUCCUCUGGAGAGCUAAUCGGGUUCUCCGGAGAGAGAGUCCCCAUCAUGGGACACAUAUGGCUAAAGACCACCAUGGGAGAAAUCCCUAUGUCAAAGUCCAUCGAUAUUCAAUAUCUAAUAGUAGACUGUUAUAGCCCUUAUAAUAUUAUACUCGGAAGACCCGCCUUGAAUAUAUUCAAAGCGGUGGUGUCCACAUUACAUCUGUGUGUUAAGUUUCCAAUGCAGGGAAACAAGAUAGCUACGGUUCACACCGACCACCAAGAAGCUCGGCAGUGCUAUAACGCUUGUCUAAAGAAGGACCAGGCGAGGAAGAUAACUCGGCCCCAGGUCCAAUCCAUACAUAACUCGGCUGACACCACCGUGCUAGCCGAUCUCGACCCAAGAGAAGACCUCGGCGAAAGACCUCGCCCAAUGGACAACCUCCAACGAAUAACACUAACGACAGAUGACAAUCAAUACACAUACAUCGGAGAAGCAUUAGAAGAGGAAGACCGAGCAAAACUCAUAUAG